GGAAUCGCCAUGCAGAAACCCUCGCGUCCCAUGCGCCCCGGCCACUUAUGAAAGCGGUCGGUAAUGCAGCAACAUAUGCACCACCACAAAAAUGAUGUUCUUUUUCUUUUCAGGAGGUCAGGGGUCGGUCCAAAUUGCCCCGCUCAUCCUCUUGCUUCCGUUCUUACUCCAGUUUGUGCCACUGCUCUUUGAUGGUAUUUUCAUUACGGAGGCGCCUAGCAGGACCAGGCGCGCUGCUGGGCGCACUGCGAGUCAGGGCACGCUUGAGGCCGCAUCGCCCUUCGGCUCGUUUGUCAACGUGGUGCUGCCUAUCAUUGGCAUCGUUGGCAUGAUAAGAUUUGUUCACUGGGUUCGCACCAACGGCGGCUGGCGCUUCUUCGUGCGCCUCUUGUUCCAGGGCUACCAGGGCGGGGCCGCUGGCGUGGGCCCGUUCAGGUGGCAGUGGGGCCCAGCAGCGGGACAGCAGGCGGGUCAGCAGGGUGCUGGGCGACCCGGCGCCAGUCGCCGCCGCGUGACACUGGAGGAGGUUGCAGACGCGCUAGCUAAGCUGCCCACGGAGGCAUACAUGACGCCGCAGCAGAUGGCGGCACUGUCCGUGCACGAGCUUAAGGCGCUGCUGCACGGCCGCGGCCUGGAGCCGGUCAAGUGCCUGGAGAAGGGCGAGCUGGUGCGGCAGCUGCUGGAGCACGGCGGCAGCAGCGCCGACUCGUGCAGCAUAUGCUGCGAGGAGUAUGCCCAGCAGGCGUCAGGAGCCGCUGCUGAGACGGCGCAGAUGCCAGCGGCAGGAGGAGCGGCCGCAGCAGGAGCAGGCGCAGGAGCAGUAGAGGCGGCGGCGGAGCUGGGGCAUGGAGGCGCCGGAUCAACUGAGUGGGUGACGGACGUGGCGGAGCGGAAUGAGGCUGGGGCCGAGGACCAUAGAGCGUCCGUGGCUAGCGCGGCAGGGGCAGAGGCUGGGCCCGCGUCCCACUGCGGCGCGGGCGGUGGUGGCGCCAGCGCUGGCGAGCACGCCGUCCCAGCCAAUAGCGGCUGCCGAGCCACUGGGGGCAUCGCAUCUGAUGCUGCAGCGGAGGCGGAGGACGACGCGCCUGUUGUGCUGCGCGUGCUGCGGUGUGGGCACCGUUUCCACGUGGAGUGCGUGGACAAGUGGUUCCUCAGUGCCACUGACUACACGAGGGAACCGGCAUGCCCGCUGUGCAAUGCACCGCUCAUCCUUCCUCUCCGGCAAUAGGCAGCGGCAAGUAGGGCGCGUGUGCAUCUGACGAAGAGAUACGGGUGGUACGCACCGGUUGUACUAUGCCAUGCAAUGAAGGGCGUCAUUGAGACAAUCUUUGCCAGCUUCGGUUUCCUAGCGUUGCGUCGUGUUACAAGUUUUGAGGGCGGCUCGCCGCUGGAGAGGGUAGAGCAGAGAGCGACGGUCUUGGUCCGGGUGUCCGGGUUGGGUCUUGGGAGGGCGAGCCCGAACCGUCGUAACCACGCAGAGGGCGCAGCUAGGAAGAUUACUCAUAAUAAGAUUACUCAUAAUGCCAGAAGACAAGUGUUCCCCGGUCACGGGAAAAGGGGCUGAGCCCCUCCACAGUCUGAGGCCGAACAACCUCAUCGCCCGGACAUAGCCGGGGUCGGUUUCCACAGGCACAUAGCCAAACCAGGUGCCUAGCAAUCACGAUGCCACAGCAGAGCCAACCGCAGCCAGACGUAGCACAGUUGUCAACA